GUCGGAUGAGCUAACACGGGACAACCACGACACUAAACGCUUCUCAGUGACCUUGUACCAGCCUACAAGUAUAAAAAGCCAUGGGGAACACAAGCAGUGAGAGGGCUGCCAUGGGCCACCAUGGGGAGAAGGCUCAGCGGAGGGACAGCCGCGGUACCAAAGAUGGAGGGCCAAAAAUCCUGAUGGACAGCCCCGAGGAUGCAGAUAUUUUUCAUGGUGAUGACAUGAAAGCUCCUUUAGAGAAAGAGGAGUUCCUUGCAUGGCAGCAGGACUUGGAAGCAGAUGACAAAGCGCCAACUCUGGACCGACCGACAGUCUUUCGCUGGACUGGAGAUGGUAAAGAGGUCUUCCUGUCUGGAUCCUUCAACAGCUGGGCCAACAAGAUCCCCCUCAUUAGAAGUCAGAACACCUUUGUGGCCAUUGUGGAUCUACCUGAAGGGGAGCAUCAGUACAAGUUUUAUGUGGACGGCCAGUGGACCCACGACCCAGCCGAGCCAGUUGUAACCAGUCAGCUUGGGACAGUUAACAAUAUCAUCCAGGUGAAGAAAACAGACUUUGAGGUGUUUGAUGCUCUGAUGGUGGACUCACAGAAAUGCUCUGACAUGUCAGACCUCUCCAGCUCUCCUCCGGGGCCGUACCAUCAGGAUGCAUAUAUUCCUAAACAGGAAGAGAAGAUCAAGUCUCCUCCCAUUCUCCCUCCUCACCUGCUACAGGUCAUCCUGAACAGAGACACUGGCAUUUCUUGUGACCCGGCAUUACUCCCAGAACCCAACCACGUCAUGCUCAACCACCUCUACGCUCUCUCCAUUAAGGAUGGAGUGAUGGUGCUCAGUGCGACUCAUCGCUACAAGAAGAAGUAUGUCACCACCUUGCUCUAUAAACCCAUUUGAUUGAAGACCUGCCUUUUUAAACCUUGUCCAACCGUGUACACUGAGUGUACAAAAUACAACCUGGUCUCACAGGAAUCCGUGAAAUAGCCACGGAUUUGCUUAACUCAAAAUCCGUGGAAUAGCCACAGAAUAACUCAAAUUUCCGUGAAACUGACACGGAUUUCGCUACAAUGCAAGUUAAUGACAGUCAUAUCCCGUGGCUAUUCCAACAUCCAAAGUGAUUAUGUACAUUCACUGAGUGAAUAUUUAGAAAAUAAAACAUAUAUUUCUCGCUAGAAAUGUGAUCAAAAUCCAUUUUUAUGCAGAAACUAAGUCAAAAUAUUGAUUUGUUUUUACAAAAAAUGAGAGAACUGUCCGCCACGUUUUUUGUUCUGACCACUGUGACCUUAAAAGUCACAUGACUUGGAACAAACCAAUAGGAACAAAUAUCCAUGGAAUAGCCACGGGAUAUGACUGUCAUUAACUUGCAUUGUAGCGAAAUCCGUGUCAGUUUCACGGAAAUUUGAGUGAUUCCGUGGCUAUUUCACGGAUUCCUGUGAGACCAUGUUCACAAAAAUAUGAGCCGGCCUGUUCUUUGUGAAACGUAGAAAAAGCAGGUGACUCCAGGACACACAACCUGGAUGAGAUUAAGCUAACGCUAAUAAGAAGCUAACAGCUCUGAGAUUAUAUCUUGUACACUCACUGUAUAUCCAGUUAUUGUACACAUAUGUUUAGGAUGAUAAAAAUCACUCAAUCACUACAAUCCUACAUAAUCCGCCUUGAUUUGUUCACCGAUUUGCACAAUCUUUGCUUAGUAGACAGUGACGAGUAAUCAUAAGUUUGGACACUGACAUGUUUGUGAUCAAAACAGACAGAAAUGUAAUGAGGAGGAUUAGUAAUGUGGGCAAAAUAUGACCGAAAGUCCUCAGAUACAUGAGGCGGAACAAUCAAAAUGUGAAUGAGAAGGUCAAAGAACGUCGGAAUAAAUGCACUGCGGUAGUUUUCCACUGUUUUUAUUUACCUGUUUAUCUUGAAAAAUAGUUUAUUUAGUGAUAAUGACUAAGCACACAGUAGAUAUUUUCUAUCAUUUGUUAAGUAAUGUGUUUUUUCUAUUUUGAUUGUGGUUUGUUGUCAGAAACUUUGUAUGGUUUGUUGCAGUGUUGUGGAGAGCAGCUUGUUAUUAA